AUGUGCACGUCUUCCGAUUGUUAUGUGCCGAUUUUCAACGUCUUCUGGAUUCUAUAUGGUGUCUUUGGAUUCACUUUUCAAGUUAUUUUAGUUUUUUUGAUACUAUAUAAACUUCCUGUAUAUCUUAGAAAUCUGAAAUUUUAUUUGAUUAACACAGCAUGUAUUCAAUUAGCUCUAGUGUUGUUUUCGUUUUCUAUCCAACAUCGAUUAUUGGCAAACAAAACAACAUUGGCUAUUCUUCCCGCGGGACCUUGCAAGUACUUUGGACCAAAUGUCUGUUUUGCGAGUUAUCAUUUUGCGAUGGCUUUCGGAGUGGCUGCUGGUUUGGCUAUUUUGAUAACAGUAAUUUUUCGUUGUCUGUCACUGACUAUGAAUGGUGUAACUAGAAAACAAAGCCUCAUGCUCAUCGCAUUAUCGUACUUUGUUCCUUUAUACGUUCUGGUUAUCCCAUUUCUAGCACCCUGGGAUUUCCAAUCAGUUCAACAUGCUACUAUUCUUGAUCACCCGACAUACAACCUAACCAACUAUUUCCCGUUUCCCGGAUUUUCGGAUCUCAAAAGUUUCGAAUUUAUUUCAGCAACAAUUUUAAUUAGCAUCGCAGGAUAUGGGAUCCCUUUAGGGUGUUUAAUUCUAACUACCAAAGGGCUUAGACUUGUCAAAAAGCAUCAAAAUAUGAAAAUUAAUUCAUGGACUAUUAGUACAAUCUACAUUACCAGUUAUAUCGUAUGUUCCGAUGGUUUCCAGUUAUAUUUACACUCAAGCAACAGGUCAAGAAGUUUUAAUAUCAGGUUGGUAUUAUUAUUCAUUUCCUGUGAUUAUUACCGACUUUCAGAACAUUUAACAUUGGCUACAAAUGCAUUGCCAGGUCUUGUAGAUCCCUUGAUUUCAUUUUACUUUAUUAUCCCUUUUCGACAUACUAUUAUUGAAACUAUCCUUCGAAACAAAACAUCAAGAGAUGUUGUUGUUAUUGCUCACACUUCUAGUAUUGCUCCAAUAUAA